AGUGGCACUGUCAAGAUCCGCUUCCUCACUGUCGGCUGCAGUCAGUCGUGGAUCAGAAGAGGUUUGUCUCAUGAGCCAAGAUGGCCGAUUUCGAAGAACAGCUCACUGAGGAAGAGAAGGUGCGCAUUGCGGCUAAUUUUGUCGUCCAUGCUCCACCUGGAGAAUUCAAUGAAGUGUUCAAUGAUGUGCGGCUACUGCUCAACAAUGACAAUCUUCUCAGGGAGGGUGCAGCACAUGCAUUUGCCCAGUACAACAUGGAUCAGUUCACCCUUGCCAAACUUGAAGGGUAUGAUGAUCAGGUGCUGAUCACAGAGCAUGGAGACCUGGGCAAUGGCCGUUUCUUUGACCCCCGCAACAAGCGGUCAUUCAAAUUCGACCACCUGAGGAAGGAGGCCAGUGACCCCCAGCCCCACGAGGGAGAGGCAGCUCUCAGACCCUGGAGAGACGCGUGUGACAGCGCCCUGAGGGCCUAUGUCAAGGAGCACUACCCCAGCGGCGUCUGCACUGUUUAUGGGAAAACUAUUGAUGGCCAGCAAACCAUAAUUGCUUGCAUUGAAGGUCAUCAAUUUCAACCAAAGAACUUCUGGAAUGGUCGUUGUAGGUCUGAAUGGAAGUUCAGCAUCUCCCAAUCUACAGCUCAAGUCGUUGGAGUCCUCAAAAUACAGGUGCAUUACUAUGAGGAUGGAAAUGUGCAGCUGGUCAGCCACAAGGAAGUACAGGAAUCUCUCACUGUAAAUAGUGAGACUCAGACUGCAAAGGAGUUUGUGAAAAUCAUUGAGGAUGCAGAAAAUGAAUACCAGACGGCCAUCAGUGAGAACUACCAGACCAUGUCUGACACCACAUUCAAAGCCUUGCGCCGGCAGCUUCCUGUCACCCGCACCAAGAUUGACUGGAACAAGAUCCUCAGCUACAAGAUUGGCAAGGAGAUGCAGAAUGCUUAGAGGACAGUGUGUCGGCCAUUGUUACUGUGUUACUGCAAAGACCGAGAGGGUAGGGGAAAUCAGGAAAAGAGGCAUCAAAGGGGAAUAAAAAUGAUACUCUAUUCUGUCUUUGUUAAAUUAUGCCACGGUUUGAUUUGGUGUAUGGAGUUGGUAUGCUUUCUUCAGGCGCGUUAGGAGGGAUGGCUUCAUUUUAAGAGGACAUUUUGGGUUGUUUAGCUCUGGCUCAUUUGCAAAUUUUUCAUUUGAACAAAAUGCCUUUAGUGACACUGGAAGUUUGGAUUACAUGGGUCAACCUCGCUCUCCCACACCGAUGCUUCAAAAAUCAGAGUCAUAUCCUCAUACCCCUCAUUUGGUUGACUUUGUGUCUGGGGGCCACAGGUAGUAAUCAGUUUCAGCCCAUUUCGUAACCCACUAUGGCCGGGAUUCAAACAAAUGCAGAUAAACGACCCGGUGCAUUGUGGUUAAUCUUUAAAGGCGAUUUCUGACUGAGCUGCCAUCCGCUGCGUGAUGUCUGGGAAAUUGCCUUUAAAAGCCUAUUGCUGUGCGCAGGUCGUUGGAUUGAAUCAUGACCUAUAUUUUAUCUGUAACCCAAGGUCUCCUCCAAGUGAGGUGUAUACUCCUUAAUGACUAAAUUUAGCACACACCCCUAAAAAAAAGUCCCAAGUAUCAGCUCUGUCCCCUGCAAGCUUUCCCGUUGGAAAGAGAUGUACUUGUACAAUGGUUUAAUCAGGCCUAAACAAGCAGAGCACCAUCAGUAUCCAUCAGUAUCCACUAUCAGUGAUUAGGCCAACUUAAUAUAUAAUAUACCUAUAUUCCUCCUUACCUCCCACAUGCCUUCCUUCAGCUUUUUGCUAUAUUUUUUUAUACAAAAUGUAAGAACAUGUAUAAUUCAAAGGAAUAAAGAAGUUGCACCAAAUA